GGUGGGUGCCCCGAGAAGGACAGGGCAGGGAUGUCUGGGGAUCUGGUUCUCUCCCGCUUGCAGGUGUGGCUGGCGUGCGCGUUGGGAGCGCCUGCUUGCCCCUCCUCCGGGGGGAAGGACUGGCCGUCGUCCCUGCUCCGGGGAUGCGGGAUGCGGGAUGCGGGUGCGCCGAGCCCUCGGGAGGCCUGGCUCUGGUGUGGGCUGCGGGGAGAAGGCGCGGGAAGGAAGGAAAGAGGCGAAACGGUGCGGGAGGGAGGCGGCCGUUGCCAUGGAAGGAGCUGCAAGCCUCCCUGCAGACCGCGAACGGAGCCCCCGCACCCCCGAGGCUGGCCUCUGGCCUCCCGCCCCAGCCCGGCCGGGGGCCCCUCCCCGCUCCGCCGUCCGCCUUGGGUACAGAAGCGGCGAGUGGCCCCUUUCCAGGAGACCUGUUUACCAGCACGACAACAGCAAAUUAGUGCGCUUAAGAGGCCUUCAGCGUUUAUCCCGGCAAACAUGCGCAGCGCAAAGGGGGCCUGCAAGGCCUGCUCCCCGGAAUCUACUGAAAUGGGUCUGCUGUGCAUCUUAAUCGACUCCCUCCAACCCACCACAUUAAAUGCAUUUAAUCUACUCUUGCAAAUGGCUAAUUUUGAAAAUCCGCUUAUCAGAAUUAGGUCCUC